GAAACGCGCCCGUCUCGAAACCGAAAGUGUGUCCGGUAUUCGUCUCUGUCGAGCAAGUCCUCACGGCGUUCGAAUAAGAAGACAUCCGAAAGCACGUAGGCCCGGUUCGUCCCCAAAUCUCUUCACCCUCCAUCCUUUCCUCUAUUUUCUUUGUUUGCUAUCUGUGCUGACUUGGACGUCGCUCGACUGACUGAUCGCUGGCCACGACGACGACCAUGUGCCUACUGUACCUUUUCGUGAAUCCGCAUCCGAAGCCGGACGAAUACCUGCUCGUGUUAGCCAGUGUUCGGGACGAGUUUUUCGGCAGGCCCACCAGCGGCGUCCACAUAUGGGAGAACAACCCGCAGAUCGUCGGACCAAUGGACCUGGAGGAAGGCAAGGUGGGAGGCACGUGGCUGGGCAUGAACACUUCCGGCAAGGUGGCAUCCCUGCUGAACAUCAUCCAGCCUCUCGACGAAAUCACCGGCGACGAGAAACUGCCCAGAGGCCACCUGGCGGUGCGGUACCUGGAGGGUGCCCAGGACGGCAUGAGCUACCUGCGCGACCUGCGGCGGAAAGCCAGCGACUACGACAGGUUCCUCCUCGUCACGCUGGACGUCAGCCCUUCGCGGCAGGACAUCCAAGCCUGCUGCUAUACGAACGCCCUCGAUUCCCCACCAGUUCACCUAAAACCAGGUUUCCACGCCUUCGGCAACAGCAACCCGCUACGUCCGUGGCGGAAGGUGGUCGAGUCGCGGGCGCAGUUCGGCGACAUCGUGCAGCGACAGGGCAAGGCCGGCCGAAAGCAGGCGCUGCUCGACGAGCUCAUCGCAAUGAUGAACAACAGCACCGAGUACUUUCCCGACGACCAGCUGCUGAAGGACGCGGAAGGCAGGUCCGAGGAAUCGCUACGAAGCCUUAGCUCCGUAUUCGUCCGGGUCGAGGACGAGUACUACGGAUCCAGGACGCACAGCGUGAUCCUGGUCGACGCCAGGGGCUGCGUGGACUACACCGAGCGUACCAUGCAGCAGCCAAUCGACCUGAACGGCGACGAACCCUGGGUUACGACGAGGCUGCAGUUCGGAAUCCAGGAGCCCGGAUCGCUCGUGUCCCGGCUUUGAGCCCGAUCCAGGCGCCCGUUAUUCAUUCAUGCUUAUUAUUUAUGUCACGGCCUCAGAGUCCGCGGCUUCGGCUGUGCUUCUCGCGAAAGCUGCCGUUACGGCGGAGAAGCGCAAUGAGAAGCAAAGCAACACAUUAACUUAAAUCGCUGCUCGCUCCGCAAGGCAACAAACCACACGCGUACCCAGGUCCCAAGAGGCCUUGUGUUCACACGAAGCGAGGUCAAAGAGGCGCACCCUUAGCAUCGGUGCACACACACACACACACACACAUGCGAAUGAUCCAUCAUCCUGUAUGUGAUAGUCCUACUAGAGUACCAACACGACGCAGCACGUACGGCUUUUUGGAUUCUUGUCUGCAAACAUAACAUCGAGAGAGCUCGGAUGGACUGCGCUGUCCACCACGCGCAAGAAGCUUCGGGCACGGCUGUAGAUCCUAAUUUUGCGGCUCUUGUCCCUGGUCGUACUUGGCACAUCUGUAAUGGCCUUAGCAGACCUACCUCAAUUGUGAUCGUUCUUGGACCACAUGCCAAGAUGUGGGCAUUGCAAGGGUCUAUUGCUUGGAAGCAGCAUCAGAAAAUAAAUUACACUCGUCCCGUACCCGAAAGCAGCUAAGCAUGGUGCGCUUACCAACUUGAAUGGUACUUAGCACAAAGCACGCAGAAAUGGUCGUUUCGUACAUGCACCAUUUCUGCAGCUUCGUGCAGCAGAAAUGGCGCGUGUACGCAAGGACAAACGAACGAUUGUUUUGCCGAUGACGAGCCACGGAGAUACGUUGCCGCCGCCUCGACGACAGCCCAACAACCACCGUCAAAUGCCGUCGCUGCAACGAGGCACCCAACGUUCGACACUGGACCUGCCCCGAGCUAUAGGAGAUACGCGCCGGCACCAAGCGGGUGCGGCGAACUCUUUGUAAGGGUGGAUCAUCCCAUCAGCUGCGACGGCUAGCUCGUCAAUAGGGACGCUUUGGUCCAUCGCUCUGGAAACAGGUAUCCACCGGGAUAUGUAGAGUGCCGUCCCUGUUACCCCCUUCCCCCGAACAAGCUCCUUCAAAUAAAUACGUUUAUUAAUUCCAGAGUCUCGUACAUCAUGACUGUUGGUCAGUUUGAAUGGUUGGCUCGCCACACCAGAAGAAAUGUACACAACCAGAGAAAGUCCCAGGCUCCUGUGACUCGUGAU